AACGCUUCUCAAGACAAGUCGCAGAUUUCUGUUUCGCGCGCGCAUACGAGUUCACACGUGCGCUCCUUGCGGCUAAAAACUUUUUCGGCUACCUAGUGAAAGAUAUUGCAUUAUCGAAAGACUUGAGUAGUAAAUGCAAUAGUAAAUGUUUACAACAACUGAUCAACAACAAACACUAUAACGACUAUCGGAAAUAACCGCCGAUUGGCAGUGUAAUUGCACCAGAUGAUUUGAACCGUCGGGAAUAAUUUAAAUUAAUUAUCAUCAAUUACGGUGAACAGAGAGUGAGUGUUUCUUCGCGAUUGUCCGUAUUGUGUACAAACAACACCGGGUCGCAGUUAGUCAGUGUCUGGUGGAGCAUAAAAGAAACGAAAAGCUGUGAAUGAAUUUGGUAUAUGAAUGAAACUCGCGCGUCGUGUCGUCGAUGCAAACUUUAUGAAUGGGCCACGACGGAAGGGAGACACAGGUCGGCAUUCCGUUUGCACGAAAGAGUGAUGGAUUAUAAUUGCAAAAGUUUUCGUCAUGAUAUGCUAGUGCCGUUAACGUGCCCUGUUGUGUGUGAAGUGAUUCAUUCUACUGUAAACUAUACAAACCUGGUGGAAAAAAAUAAUACUAUGAAUCAAUAGUGCAUUUUUGUGACGAUGAUACAUAUGAUCUAGUUCUGUGUAAACAAUCUGCCAAGCUUUAUGCUUACGACUAUCGCGUAACUUGUUGCAUUGCCUGACGGUUGUAUCGGUUUCCAUUGCUGGAUAAAUAUGGAUAGUGAAAAGUUGGUGGGAGUAUGCAAGACUUCACCAAGGAAGAGUUUGGUCUUCUUGGAGGAAGUGUUGUGAGCAGUGAUAAGGACCUCGGCAGUCAAAGCCAGCAUUUCAACGCCAGCAUUAUCCACACGAGCCACCAUCACCCGGCGCUUCAUCACCAUCACCAUCAUGGUGUAAUUGGGGGAAACGUUUCCGAGUCAACGGUGGUAGCUGACGAGAUAAAACUUAGUCAGACCAGCGAUCUGAUAGAAGCGAACGAAAGUGGCAAACUGGAGGAAGCCGACCGAGAUCUAUAUCCCUGGAGUACGAACCAUAUUGGAAGCCAGUUUUUACGCAGUUCGGACGACCCACUCAUCUCCGGAGGCACCAACGACAACCAUAACGAUAAUGAGCUUAGCGUUGCCACUGCGUCCCAGUCAAUGUGUUCAUCACCCACUCCCCCGCCCACGCAGAAGCAUCGCAAUAGCAUUGUCGUGCCAACGUCGAUUCUAUCACCUGAGUUACCAGAUACUCCAAUCUCACCGCUUCCCACUCCCACAAAACCGUCCGGAGGUUCCUCGGGUCGUCGCGGGGCUGCAGCGGGUGGCGCAGGUCGUCAACGACGUAAAGGACCCAUCAAGCUGCGGUUCCACCACCAAGCUCUGCCUCCGGAAUAUCUGGACCACUAUGAGGCAACGCAGAACAUUGCGGCCAAGCGCGAACAGCAACAGCAGCAGCAAAACUACAGUGGAACUCGUUCAAGCAGAAUGGAGAAACACGCAGAACAGGAACGUGAAGAUCGAACCAACGAAUCGGUAAGAAAUUGGCUUCAGAAAAUUCUGGAACUCCAAAAGGAGGGCGUUUCCCUCGCACCCAUCAAAGAUGAGGUCGAUCCCAAUGGAGAAUCUUUCCAACGUGGAACUUCCGGAACCCAGAAAAACAAAGUCGUCAGUUAUAAGGAUCUUCCGUACAUGGGAGAGAUGACUCUGGACAAUUCGAAACCGCGAAGAGGCAGGAAACCGAAGAAAGCGGACAUCUGCCAUCUGAUCUACAAGAACUAUGGCACGAUCUUGCCGGGAACUCCCAAACCGGAGUCCUUGCAAGGAAAAUCAAACAAUGGACAUCGGGCUCAAACCAGGAGUAGUAGCUUGCUGGAAAGACGUCUCAUGUCCAACGAGAAAACUCUCGAAAAUGGCAAAGGAAAGCGAGAAGAACCGCUGAAUCUUUGCGUCCGAGAUGCCGGAGGUGAUCCUCUUGCACUUUCCAGUUCGGAAGACGAAAGUGACGGUGUAUAUGGUUCUUCCUGUCCAACGCCAAUCAUUACUCCUACAGACAUCAAUACCGAUCAAGCCCUUGCUGCAAAUAUGAAAAUGUCACUGCCAAACCUGCACAGCACUGGUGCAGGAACCCCCUCUAGUGGGGAAACUCCUUCCACAGCAGACACUCCGCCGGGAUACAUGUAUUGGCCUAAUGUGGGCGGAUUCAUCCACCCAAUGGCCUUGUACUAUCAGAAACUAGUUGAUUCCAACAAUACAAUCACUCCUGGUCAGUCAAGCUCAUCUACUUCAAACUCAGUCCCCAACACUCCAACAGAAUUACUGAAACCCAAACCAUCAAUCUCAUCUACCAACUCGACACCAUCGCCCUCAUCACCGGUCGCACCUAAACGAGAGCCACAGCAGACACUGGUUCCGAAACCGAUAUCUCAGCUCAUCAAACCGGAGAAAACUUCCAAACCACAGUCAGAUUCACAAUCGUCCGUCAGUAAACGCUCACCACCCACCCAAAAACGGAAACGGUCAGCCAUCUUCAUCCCGCCAGUUCCGGCGGAAAACAGUACAAAUCCUGCCACAGAAGUAAGCAUUUGCAAGUUUAAGUUCACCGGUGGGGCAAAGCCUUGUCUCCAGGAGAAGAAAAUGCUCAGUGUAGAUUCCGGUGGAAACUUCCGGUACUACUCCGGAACCGGCGAUAAAUCAAUGCGAGGUUACGAAUUCUUUCCACGUGAGAGCCUUCAACAGAGUAGCCUCCAUGCAACCACUACAACCGGGGCCUUCCUAAACACACCCCCGAUUGAGAAAAUUGCUUGUGACCUUCCACCACCAUCACUGGGACUCAGUAACGACAUUCUGCAGAUCCCAGAUUUCCCCAGCGCUGCCGGCCUGACCGGGUUGACUUCACCAGGUAUUGCAUCUAGCCAAGGGCGUCGUCACUUGUCAUCCGAUCCCAAUGAAGCUCGCCGCGCAAGACGUCGCUCGCGACGCUCAUCCCAGCGGGAGACGCUGGAAAAGACCUUCAAGGAAAAAGGCUUUCUCAUCCAAACCCAACAACUGCAAUCGGCUGAAGGUGCGACCUAUUGUAAGUUUAGACAAUUACGUAAAUUUACUCGCUAUCUCUUCCGAAGCUGGAAAGACUAUCUUCCCGGAGAGCUACAACAACAGGGAACGGCACCCGGAGAGCAUCCUCACGAUGGGCUGCCUAUGAGCGCACCCGCCGACCUACUACUGGACGAAGACAGUCCUCUGCUGGAUUGCCCGAGCUCCAGAAUGUUCAACGGACGCUGUGAGAGAUCCAUGUCCUCACCAUCAUCCAUUUCAUCGCCACCACCGGAAGUUUUACAAUCACGAGCACAGAGAAGAUCGAGGGACUCACCACCACCACCUGUUUCGCCUUCAUCCGCACAUUCGAGGAAAUUGCAAGCUCGACUUUCCGGGGAACGACAGAGCUGACACUGACGCUGUUUGGUCAGAUUUUCAGAUUGUUAUAAGUUUUCACCAAAGACUAGCCAGUAAGAUUGGAAUAGCUAAUUUCAUUUUUCAGAGAGAUUUAUUUGCCCUAGGAAAAUUAACACCGUUCAUUUGAUGAGACACAUUCUAGUCGUUUUUUUAUAUUGAUUUUAUUUAUUAAGGUUUGAAGCACCAGUCUAAUUUCUAUAUCAAAUAAACAAUUCAAUUUCUAUGUUGCCAUACAUUUGAUUUAUAAUUUUGUUUGUGUUGUAUGUUACUAAAUAAAGGAAAAGAGUAA